AAAACUUUUCACAUAACCGCUUUAGCUCCUCACCUGCGAAGUGGCAACGCCGCGCGACAGCUGAUUUUGCUAUCGGACCAUCACUCUCUGAGUUAUCGAAAGAGAGCUGCAACUACAACAAAAGCGUAACUCUCGGGAUCUCGUAAAUUUAUAAGAAAUUUAAUUAUUCAACCCGCCAGCGGUCGGCAGCAAUCGAAUUAAAUUAGACCAGGGUGUGUGACAAACACUUGUGGGCCAUUGCAGUUAAUAGAUUUCGAGGUUGCCAAAGAACUGGCCAAAGGCAGCGCGAAAAAGCUCCGGUGUGUGUAGUAAAUCGUAAAUCUGUGGUUGUGGUAGAGUGCGUGUGGUGGGGCAACUAUUCUGCAUAUAUUUUAGGGUGGUACGGUGGUUCGAUGGUGCAGUGCAUCUAAGUUUCCUAUGUGGCGGCAUUUUGAUGACGAAAUUAUUUUUGGAUAAGUGUUUGAUGAGAGCGGCUAAGUCGGAGCAAUCAUCAUCAGCGGAAUGGAGAGCGAGCGGUUACGAAUUACGCUGGAUAGUGCGGAUCGGGUUUACUUUGCGGGCGACAUAAUUCGCGGAGAAAUCUGGAUGAACCUUAACAAGCGCGCCAAAAUACGUGCGAUCAAGGUGCAGGUCACCGGCAAGGGGAAAUGCAAGUGGAUGGAAAUCCUGCGCAAGAACUCGAACAACAACGAGUACUCCCGCAGUCUUUUCUACACCAGCAAGGAGGUUUACGAGCACAGCGAGACUCCUCUUCCUGAUUUCGAACCAAGAGGCUUGGAACUCUCGCCCGGGGAGCACACGUUCAUCUUCGAAGUGGCGCUGGGUCGCCAGCUGCCCUCCAGUUUCAAGGGCAGCUAUGGCAGCAUCAAGUACAAGAUGCGGGUGCUCAUCCAGCGACCCUGGACCUUCGAGGAGCGGCACACCAUUCCGUUCACCGUGGUGAAGAACAUGCCGCUGCUGCCGUCGCAACGCAGUAUUCCCAGUUCGCUGGAGAAGCAGGUGACCAAGACGAUCAGCUUGUUUGGCACACGACCCAUCACUUUGCUGGCCCUUUUGCCGGAGAACUUUGCGGUGCGUGGAGAACCGCUGAGGAUUUGCGCCACUGUGAUCAACAACAGCACCACCGCCGUGGAGAAGCUGCGCUUCAGUGUCCUGCAGUACGUCACCUACUACAGCCAUGUACCGCUGCGGGUGCAGAAGGUGGAAUGCAUUGCGGUGGCCACCAAGGAAACGGGUUCCGUGCAGAAGAAGACCGAGCGCAGUUUUGCCCACGAGCUGCUCUUGCCGGAAGGAGCUCAGCCCACGGAUGAGCAGUUGAGCGGCGUUAUAACGAUCGUAUACGAGCUACGCGUGGAGGCGGUGCUGCGGGGAUUCUUCAAGAACCUGGUACUUAACCUUCCGUUCAAGGUUUACUCCCAGGACACUUCCAAUAGGCUGAAUUCGAUGCGCCCGCCGCCGCCUCCGCGCCCAAACGAUGGUCCACCCGGUCCGGAUGUGAGCACCGGCGGGAAUCCCUUCGAGCCCGCCCUGCCCGUCUACCCGUCGCUGGACUCCUCCAUUGGAUCGCCAUCGCACUCCUCGCAGUUCAGCGAGUGCAGCUCCAUCAACUCGAUAACCUCGGACUCCUCGGCGGCCACCUUGAGUCCCGCCGUGGGCGGCGGAGCCGGUGGCAUGGAGUUGUCCUACACCUCGGGAUCGCAGUCCUCGCAGUACGGCAGUCCAUCGGCCAGGACCAGCUUGCGCAGCUCCAACGUGCCCUACAUGCCGUACUCUUCCAGUCCGCUGAUGGUGCAGUCCUACCCACCGCCCCACCUGCCCGCCUAUCCGCUGCCGGAGUCGCCGCAGUACUCGCUCCUUGCCUUGACCCCACCGCCGACUGGAGUGGCCGCCGCCGCACCGCCAGCGGCGAAUGGAGCAGCCAGCGGAGGAGCAGCAGCAGCAGGAGCAGGAGCUCCGGGCUACAGCCAACUGCCUUCCACCUCGGCAUCGUCGUCGUUUCUGCAGGCUCGCCAACCGCCAGGAGCCCAUGAGUUGCCACCUUCCUACGAAGAACUUUUCGGCAUGGCCACCGCACCUCCUGGAUCUCCUAAGUAGGGAGCAAAUCGAAGUCCUGAGCAGCCACCCAGUUACGUCCAAGCUUUGCCUAGACAUAGCGCUUCAGGUUUACUUUAUAGUGUUAUAGAGUAUCAAGAUAUCGAAUAUAUCAUAGACCGCCUACGCUUUCGACACAAAUGUUUUGCUAUUUGUGCACAAAUAAGACGCACAAUUUUCUCUUACGGACAAUAUAACCGCAUAUAUUUGUUUGAUUUGGUUAUAGCCUUCCAUAUAAAAGAUGUAUUUUAAAGCAAACUUGAAGUUCUGUUUGGCUAAGGCAAAUAGUUUUAGUAGCUUGGUCAGAUUUCCCAAUUUCAUUUCAUUUAAAUUCAUUUAUUGUUGAAUUUGUAUAGCAAACUAAACUGUGAAAAUUCUCUUUUUUGUUUUGCAUAUUUAUUUUUGAAACCAACUAACAAUUUAGAGUGCACCAGUAAAUACAUAUAUCAGCCAUUCAUACUGGAUUCCUAUUCACAUCUUGCCAGAAUUUAAUUUUAACACAUUUCAAUAAAAUGCUCAUCUAUUUGCCUUUUCCAAAAAACUAGAAAUUGAGCUUAGAAACCCCAAAUUGCAUCUUUAGUAAGAAAAUCUGGAGGUCUAUGAGAUAAUAAGCUUGUUUGAAAAAAGUAGAUAGAAACUACAGAAGAAAACUAUUUGCCCAACCAAUUAGGCAAAAUUCAACUGCAUCUAUUUAAUAUAUAAUAAAAUAAAUUAUAUUAUAAAUUAGCUGAACAAAAUAUUUAACACAACCAAUUAAUUAGGCGAAACUAAUUUUUUCCUAGUAACUUAUUAUAUACAAUCAAAAGAAGAUUAAGUCUAACUUGGGAAAGUCUGCGUUUCGUUCUUCUUGUUUAUCGAAUGUAACUUUUAUGCCGCCCUUACCCAGAGAGCCAAACUCUGCGCAUUUCUACGAUCUAAAUCUUGUGAGUUACUCAAAGACUCAUGAGUAUAUAUCUCACAUCUCACCAUAACUCGAAAGAUAUUUUCCAACCCGCCUAUUUAUCUCACAUCUCUUAUUUGUUUACGUCCACAUCUCCAAAGAUGCUUAUGAAUACGAUUUAUAGAUCUAGUGUCUCUAUGAAAUUCUAUACCAAAACAGGUCUAACAUUUAUGUUUAUUUAUUUCUCUCUCUUCAUCAAAUGUUUAGCAUUUAAGUACUUAAGCACGAAUCGAAUAUGUUGGAGGAUAGUUUGAUUCCUUCAAGCCAGAAGAAUCAUUGAAUCAAUAAGCUUUAGUGCCUCUGUAUGAUGAACAAAUCGAAUGGUUAUCGUUAAUGAACACAAAUCUAUCGAUGAACAAUUUUUAUACACAUAUUACUGAUAAAUCAUCGUUCGGAAGCAAUGUCAACUUUUAGUUUUAAGCGCACAAAUAUUAUGUACGAUCAAACGAUUUCAUUAAGGUGCUUCACAAAUCACUAUUUUUGGAUACCAAUUUUUUGUUUUCCUUCAAUUUAGUGCAUGUCGACUAAAUUUGAAUAUGAUUUACAUAAACGAAAUAAAAUGUUAUUAUAAUUACAAA